AUGCUGAUCUCUUCUUCUUCAUCCCAGGAGUUAUUGCACCAGUUGCCCUUUCAGCCCACGCAAGAUGAUCUCCACUUCCUCUUCAAACAUUUCCGGAGCACGGAGAGUGUGGCGGAUGAAGAGGGAGCGCACCCCUUGCCCGUUGUCAGGCUCCGCUCACGCAGUCUCAGCCCUGGACGGACCUGUGGAACAUUUGACAAUGAAAUUGUCAUGAUGAAUCAUGUCUACAAAGAGCGUUUUCCUAAGGCGACAGCCCAGAUGGAGGGUCAGCUGCUUGACAUCAUUGCAGAGUGUUCCCCAGGCACUGCUCUGCCCCUGGCUGAUGGUGUGCUGGGAUUCAUUCAGCACCAGCUGGUGGAGCUCGCCAGAGACUGUCUGGACAAGUCCCAGAAAGGCCUGGUCACCUCCAGGUACUUUGUGGAGCUGCAGGAGAAACUGGAGAGGCUGCUGCACGAGGCGUAUGAGCGUUCAGAGAGCGAGGAGGUGACCAUCAUCACCAAACUGGUGAAGAAGAUUCUUAUCAUCAUCUCCAGGCCAGCCCGGCUCCUGGAGUGUCUGGAGUUUGAUCCAGAGGAGUUUUACCAGCGUUUGGAGGUUGCAGAGGGUCAAGCCAAGGUGGGCCAGGGCAUCAAGACUGAUAUUCCCAGAUACAUCAUCAGCCAGCUCGGCCUCACCAGGGAUCCCUUGGAAGAGAUGGUCCAUCUGGAGCAGACGAGUCCCAGUCACAGAGCUGGCAGCAGAGACUCGGAUGACACCGGAGAGGCGACACUUUUACAGAGCCGAACAGCCUGCACCCCUCCUCGUAGGAAACCACUGGAGAGUGACUUUGAGACCAUCAAGCUCAUUAGCAAUGGCGCCUAUGGGGCUGUAUAUCUGGUGCGCCACAAGGAGACCCGUCAACGUUUUGCCAUGAAGAAGAUCAACCGGCAGAACCUGAUGCUUAGGAACCAAAUCCAGCAGGUGUUUGUGGAGCGAGACAUCCUCACUUUUGCUGAAAACCCAUUUGUGGUUUCUAUGUUUUGCUCUUUUGAGACGCGGAGGCACCUCUGUAUGGUCAUGGAGUAUGUGGAAGGUGGAGAUUGUGCCAACCUGCUGAAGAACAUUGGUCCUCUGCCUGUGGACAUGACACGGAUGUAUUUUGCAGAGACUGUCCUGGCUUUAGAAUACCUCCACAACUACGGAAUUGUGCACAGAGACCUCAAACCUGACAAUUUGUUAAUCACCUCCAUGGGACACAUUAAGCUGACAGACUUUGGGCUGUCGAAGAUCGGUCUAAUGAACAUGACCACCAACUUGUAUGAAGGACACAUUGAAAAGGAUACCAGAGAGUUCAUCGACAAACAGGUGUGUGGUACUCCAGAGUACAUUGCUCCAGAGGUGAUCCUGAGGCAGGGCUAUGGGAAGCCAGUAGACUGGUGGGCAAUGGGUAUCAUCCUUUAUGAGUUCCUAGUGGGCUGUGUGCCUUUCUUUGGAGAUACACCAGAACAGCUCUUUGGUCAGGUGGUCAACGAUGAUAUCAUCUGGCCAGAAGGGGAGGAUGCUCUGCCAGCUGAUGCCCAGGAUCUUAUCACCAGGCUACUGAGACAGUGCCCUAUGGAGCGCCUGGGAACAGGUGGAACCACUGAGGUGAAGAUGCACAUGUUCUUCGUGGGUCUGGACUGGAACGGCCUCCUGAGGCAGAAAGCUGAAUUCAUACCUCAGCUAGAGACUGAUGAGGACACCAGUUACUUUGACACCCGAUCAGAGCGCUACUGUCACCUGGACUCCGAUGACGAUGAUGAAACCAAUGAUGAUGAAUCAUCUCUGGAGCUCCGACAGUUCUCCUCUGUUGCCCACCGCUUCAGCAAGGUGUACAGCAGCACAGAGCACCUGUCCACCUCCACGCCGUCAAACCAGAGCCUGUCGUCAUCCGAGCGAAGCCACAGUGAGGAGAAGGAGGAACGAUGGGAGGGAAGGGGAGUCCUCUCCCCUGGUGAUGGACACAAAAACUUGGCUACUGGAGACAAGAGGACAGAUGGACACAGGACGAGUCUGCGUCCUCGUGCUUCAUCCAGCUCCUCCCAGUCAGAGCGCAGUGCCAGCCCACUGGUGAUGAACAGCACUCAGAGCCUUGACAUCAUGCCUCGCUUUGCCAUCUCUGCCGAGGAGGAAGAUGGGAUGGUUUCGAACUUGCGGCGCAUUCGGCUCCGGAGCAACAGCACAGGCACCAGGCCGUCCUUCCGACGAGGGGCGUCCCGACGCAUUGCCCACCAGCUGGAGACCCCAGAGAAACCCAGAUCCCCAGCUGGCAAAGUCCCCAAGUCUGCCUCCGUCUCUGGCCUUUCUCUCAUCAUCACCCCAGAUGACUCAGCAGGUCCUCCUACUAGUCCCAAAUCGUCUUUGUCCUUGUCGUCCAACCCCUCGUCCAGAGACUCAUCCCCCAGCAGGGAUCUCUCUGUCAGUAUCAGCUGCCUCAGGCCUCCUGUGGUCAUUCACAGCUCAGGGAAGAGGUUUGGCUUUGCGCUACGAGCUAUCAGAGUCUACAUGGGAGACAGUGACGUCUACACUGUUCACCACAUGGUCUGGUGUGUUGAGGAAGGCAGUCCAGCGCACGAGGCAGGACUGAGGGCUGGUGACCUCAUCACUCACGUGAACGGGGAGUCUGUCCAGGGACUUGUCCACACUGAAGUGGUGGAGCUCCUGCUCAAGAGUGGCAACAAGGUGACCCUGCAGACUACUGCACUAGAAAACACUUCUAUCAAAGUGGGUCCUGCCAGAAAGGUGAGCUACAAGUCCAAGAUGGCCCGGCGCAGCAAGAAGAGCAAGAGGAAGGAUGGACAGGACAGCCGACGACGUAGCAUCUUGAAGAAGCUGUCUAAGCAUACGCCUCCUCCACCCAUGCAGAGCAGUCGUAGCUUCUCUUCAGGUUUCCACCAGUCAUCUAGCGACAGCCUCUCUGGCUCCCCCACGCAGAGUCUCUCCCCUGGGCCUUCUACGCCUUGUCGCUCUCCUGCUCCUGACCACUCUGGAGAUUCAAGUUCUUCUCCUUGCUCCAGCUCCCCUAACUCGCCUGUGCCACAGGCCCGUCCCAGUUCGCUACAUGUCUUGGGUCGCUACAACAAAGCUGGCCGCUGCAAGUCCACCACCAGUAUCCCUCCUUCUCCACUGGCCUGCAUCCCACCUCCUCAGCCCCUCUCUCCGCAGUGCUCUCCAUCCUGCCUCCCAAGUCACCCCAAGUCGCUACAGGGUUUCCAUGGCAAGACAUUAUCCCCUCCCACUAUUGCCCGCCAUUCUGUGCGGCCCCGCAGUGCAGAACCACCACGCUCACCACUCCUCAAGAGAGUUCAGUCAGCAGAGAAGCUGACAGGAGACAAGAUGACAGGAGGAUACCAUGGAGAUAGGAAGGCCUACAGCACUCGCCGCCACACCAUGGAGGUGCCCCUGUCUGAGGGGGAGGGGCUGGAGGACAUGGACGGGGACACUGCCACGGGGUUUGUCUGUGUUGGUGAGCACGGCCGUCAGGGGCUGUACAUAGCUGGGCAGAGAGGCCACCAGGACAUGGCCAGUGGAGGCAGCGAGCACCACCGCACCACCGCCUCGCCACAACACCGCAGCGGCAACCACCACUCCAAAGAGGUGGUGGUGAUGAGGAAGCUGGCUCUGUCGGAGAGAAGGGACUCGUUCAAGAAACAGGAGGCCGUGCAGGAAGUGAGUUUCGAUGAUUUGGAGGAGAGAGAAGCAACGCCGAGCCCAACGCUUCCCGUCACACAGCCAAACAUGUUCAAGGCGUCCUGGAUCAACUCGGCCCCUUCAGGAUCAAGUGUGAAGCAGGACGGAAGAGGAUCAGAGGGUACAACAAAAGAGCAGAAAGCAAACUCAAAAGACAAGAAAGGGUUUUAGUUUUGUCACUUUGCCAGGAAAAGUAGGUCCACGAAGAGACUGAGAAAAGGAAACCUGCUACUGUACAAUUUGAAGGCCUUGCAUGUGUGUCCAUAAAACUGUGACCAAGUACCAAAUCAUAACAAGCAACUGCUUGAAGACUGAAGAGCAAAUUAACAUGGGCGGUUCUCAGUAAUAUAUGCAUCCUGCAACACUGUUAACAGAAUAAUGACUGGUAAAUAUUUCCUACAUGCUUGUUUUCUUGCUUGGUUCUGAAAUCACUGUGGCACCUGUAACGGAUGUAUUUUGUAAAUAUUUUUGGUUUUAAAUGAAGAAACUUAUUUAUGACUUUUUUGGUUGCUGAAAAUGGCUCAGAUGCUUCAGCUGUUCUUAGUUCAAGAAUUGCACAAAAGAAAUCCAACAACUUCUCAGAGUGGAUUUUACAGUUGGUGCCGAAAAGAGCAGGUUACAUCAGUCUAGCGUAUCUUUUUUUUUUUUUUUUUUUCAUACCCCAAUGCCUGUCUAGAACUAGGUGUUGUUUUGUGUUCAGAUUGGGUCCUUGAAACAAACUUAUAGUGUUUGUUCUGCAACAUAUAAUUUUGAAUAGAAUUUCAGACAAUACUCUGUGCUGCCUUUCAAAAGAAAUCCAUCAUACAGAUUGUGGUGUUGACCGCUUGGACUCAUCCAUCUUAAACGCAGGCCGUGUAUAAACAUUUUCAAAGGACAAAAAUAUCAACAUCUCAAUAUUUGGAGGCCUAGCUGUGGUUCCAAAGCAUAACCAUAGCAACCAUUUAAAAAGGUACUGUAGUUGUAUAUAAGAAGCUUCAUGCAUGCAUGGGCUGUUCUUCCACUUGCCAUCUGUCCUGUAAAACAAGUGCGUGAGUGCUGACACUCCUCCUAGCAGUGGUUUAAAUCAUAACCUGAUCAACAUAGAUGUGUGUAGAUGAAGCUGUUGUCUCUGUCCUCUAAUACCUUAUGGGAACAAGCCUCCGUCCAGCUCCUUACAAACCUAGUCUAGCUGAAGUGUUUGCACAAGUUGUUGUAGUAGCGGUAUAACCGUUUAUAUUUCAGGAUGCUCUCCUACUCUGUGGGAUUCAGAACUUGUACAGUGGAUGCAACAAACAAAUCUGGCUCCCUUGGCUGUUUUUAUUUUUAUGUGUGUUAUGAAUGAAUGUUUACAUUUUAGUGCAAAUAUGUGUGUUGACUUUGUUAAAUUAUUGUGAAAAAAGUGAAUGACAGAUAAUUCAACCAGAGGCCCUGAGUGGAUGAAGAAAUGGGUAGAAGUGAUUUCCUUUUUGUAUAUUUUGAUAUGGAAACAGUCUUGUUGCAGUACUAAUAACCAAUGCUGUUGACGUAUAUUGUAUAAACAAUGGUGGACCUUAUAACAGCUGUUGGUAGUGUUUUUGGAAAGUGACCUUGUAAGGGUAGACAUUUUGUAAUGUCACUUAAGUGGCAGGAUCUUGAUCUCAUGUUGCGAUCAUGCUCACAGUAUGGUGCAUGCUUCACAUCCCAAUAUAAUAUUCCCACAAUUUUACAAAAUAUUUUUUAAGUUAUUAAUCUCAUCGAAUGGACGAUUCUUAAUCUAAUCUGUGAUCUUUAAAAUUUGAUCAGCUAUGUAUUCUUUAUUUUAUAUUUUUGUUCCCAUUUUGCUGUUUUGUUGUUUUUUCAUUCAGGAACUGUUUGGAUCAGCAAACAAAAAUAUCUUAUUUCACAUUCAUUUGUUUAAAGAAGAAAAUUUGGCCCUGUGGCAGAGUGGAGGGAGCUGUUAUUGUGGGAAUUUAUAAUGGACAUUUAGCACGUACUAAACCUUGAACGGUGGUUAUAGAUUGUGGGGGUUAAAAUUAGCAGUUUGUUUGUUGAAAAAACGGUGUGUCUGUGUGGAAUUUGUCACAGAAUUUCUGAUGCAAUAUACAUCUUGGUAUGUUCUUAGGAUUUGAUUUUUUUUUUAUUUUAUUUUAUUUUGCACCAAACCGUCACAGUAUCUCUUAAUUUGUAUCACCAUGCCCUAAAUGUAAAUAAUGUUUUUAAAAUGAAGAGCUCAUUUUGUGUUGAUCUCAGCACUCGUCCACACCAGCAGUUUGGCGUCACACAUCACAAUGAAGCAUCAUGACGACUCUUCUCAUCUCUGUUUUUGUCUGUGUGUGGGUGUGAUAAACUCCAUGUCUUCAUGUCAUUCAUCAGUGGUCAUCCUCCAUAUUUUCCACACUUCUUUUAGUGAGUUUGUGUGUUAAAGUUGUUGCUCCCCAUCUGACCCCUUGUCCCCACAUGACAAACUGGCCUUUGUGAAAUUCCUACCAUGUGGGUAUCUGAUACAGACCGGUGUAACAUUGUAUGUUUUUUUUUUUUUUUUAUUGUCUUAACAGUGCUUGAAAUAAAUGAAUUGCAACAGGACUACAAAGUCCAGGACUACAAA